AUGGGGCCCGAGCUCGAAUGGUUACAGCAAAGGGCUGGAGAACUCGGAUACCAAUUGGACUCGGAACGAAGCUUAUCCACUUCACAAUCCCCUCCUGAAUCAAACGCCAACCCAAUCCCAAUACCUCCCCCUUCCUCAUAUGCCAAUCCCCACGUUACCAUAUCCUCCAAUCACAACGGAUCCUCGGACUCAGAACCUCCCCACGGAAUCCAUCGUGUACCAACUCCCAUGCCUGGAACUCGCUCCAAUAACCCAUCUCCCCCACAAUCCACCUCUUCCAAUUCCACCCCUGAAUCUAACGCCUCUUCCACCCUUCCGAACCUCCCUGGACUGUUCCACGACUGGCUCACAAACCCAGCUACCCAUGCCCAGGCUAGCGCAGCCAUCGACGCCUGUGGAAACGAGAGAGUCCAACGUUUUGCUCACAAAUACAUCGAGGUUACAGAGGCAAUUAGAGAACGAAGAAAGGAAUUGGGACGAUUGGAGAUGGAGGAAGCCAGAUGCGAACGAAGCUUGGGAGCUCUCGACUGGGAUCGACGGAGCAUUGCAGGUACCCUUAUCGGUUUACGCGCAGAAUCUGUCAUCUUCCCCCACGUCUUUCCUACAGUCGGACUAUCAGCUUCUGGAACAGCAUCUCGACCAAGCCCAUCCGGUACCUUCCCCAACCAAUCAGCGAACCCUAUCACCGAAACUCCUAGCUCCCAUCACACGCACUCCUCAGACUCUCACCCCUCCGGAAGAAGUGGCGUCCCUAUCCGCAUCUUCCAAGCUCCCUUUAGCCGAGAACUCACUCCCUCGCCACCUGACGGAUCUUCCGGUUACGCCUAUCCAAGCGGAAUGGGAAGCAGCCUUCAAGUUCCUCGAAACGGACACCUUCCUGGGCGAGACUCCCCGGAUGCUUCCGACUACCAUGCAGACCGCUCCCAGACUACAUCGAUUCAAGCAGUCCGCGGUUCCACGACGAGACGCCCAGAGUCUUCCAUACAGCGUCGAGGCAACCAUGGGAUUAGAUGCUGGGAGUGCGGAGAUCUCGGGCAUACUAGGAGAGAUUGUCACAAUAUGCGCAGGAGGAGAGCAGGACUCCCAAACGGAAGAGAAGGAGACGCCAUUCUCGAUGGAAUGAUCGAUGACAUUCUCCAGAACGCCCACUGA